AUGUAUUCACCCCUCGAGCGUGUUCCACCAGAUGUUCUCCAAAACAUUGCGUUCCUCCUUGAAUCCUCUGACAUACUGAGCCCUCAGCGUGACCUCCUCUCCCUUCUCCUCACAUGUUCAGCAAUGUACAACUCCCUUUCCCCCGUCGCUGCGCCACAUCUCUAUGCUCGAUUAUUCCGAAGUAAAUUCGACACUGGGGCCCUACUUCGUCGCUUACCACUACAAGCCGGCAUAUUGACCGACUCAUCAUUGACGAAUGAGCUGAUGAUCAGGUGCCGUUUAUUGGCGCGUCUUCGGAGUCGCCUCACCCAAUCGUCGUUACUCGAGGAAAAUGUGCUCGAGUGGGAAGAUCUACGCGCUGCUUUGCGUAUGACAUUGGAGAGCGAGGGGUUGAAUGAGGCACACCUUGCCUCGGCUGGUUUUGGGGCGUAUAUGGUCGAAUACUUGAUGCGAUUGCUGGAAACCAGGGGGGGAUUGAGACAUUCCAAUCGCCACAUCCAGGGCGAAGAGGUCUCUCUGGCGUUAUGGUUGUUAAUACUAAACUGGUCUCAAGCCGAUGUCUGUAUUCUCUCCGAGGACAUGCGUCGGAAGCUCAUUGUAUUACUUCGCCCACUUGUGCAUUCGUCGAUAAAUGUAGAAUCGGAAAGAGAUGUGGUAAAACUAUUCACGACGGAAGCCAAGCAAUAUUUUCGAGGCGAUCCCCAUAUGGGUUGCAAUUCAACUACGAGAACGACAGAUCUUGCCGAUCUCUAUUCAUGUCCCCCAGCGGCCUCAGCGGCCAUUCUGCUAACAUGUGUCCUUAAAGAAAUCGACAAGCUGCAAGCCCCGCCUCAUCUACCCGUUACCAGGACGGAAGCUCUUUCUAGCGGACGUUCGGGACCUACAAUGGAAGACUACCGUACCAUUUCGAGCUAUACUACAUUACUUUUUGGUGACGACCGUCCGGUGUGGAACGGACGUCCUUCGAACCUGAAUCGAAGACGAAGUCUACGACAUGAUCCAAGCUUUUUUCAUCAGAAACUCGAAUUAAUCCCGGAUCGUGGUAGUCUUACUGGAAGUGCUGCUGAUGACGACGUCGUCCCUGCACUGAGACAAUUGCCGCUAGUCCGGUCCAACGCUAGUGACGUGUAUAGUUAUAUUUCCGAAUUCCUGGAUGGCGUGUGGGCGGGGUAUUAUAUGGUUUCACCAUCAUUGAAUCGCGAUCUUGACACCCCCGUCUCGAAGGCCUCGAACGAUCUUGAGAUACCGGAUUUCUUAUGUCGAAGACCGAUGCAGGCCGCGUUUUCGUUGUUUUUUUCUUUUCAGGACUGCGGAGAUAUUUCAUUGGAAGAUAUUUGGCGUGUGUUAUUAGACUAUCCGGCUAGUGGUGGUUCAUGCGACUUUAGUUUGGAUUCUGAUUUGUCGCUUGAGAUUUCCGGAAGGCAUGUUUCUUACAAGAGACUGUCUUCAGGGUCCAAGGGGGCACGUCAGCUGGAUCAAUCGUCAUUAUCGUUGGCGACCGACUGCGUGUUGGUCGGUCAGGUGGGUUUGGAAAUGCCUGGCGUUGAUGUUCUCGAUACUGAUUUGGAAUUAAUGAAACAGACACUGCCAGAACAUGAGCAAGCGUGGAGUGCCUAUAGAUUCAUAGGAAGGGUCAGGAAAGAUGGCCUUAUCACGUUCCGACGAGUGUCGAAGUACAGCUCAGAUGUGCUAGAAGGACUAGGAGCUUGGACAUUCAGAGGACACCUCCGUUACGGAGCCGCUCUAGUCGGGACAUGGAAUUCGAGUCCUUCGGGUUCUGGCGGGAUUGGAGGAGUUUUCGGUAUGGGCAAGAACCUUUCACCAUCAGAUCAGUGCCCAUCAUCGAGUGGCCAAUAA